GACGAAUUUGAAAUGAUUUCGCCUGCAGUCGCAUGCGAUCUUGUGCGAGAAUGAGUGCGCCAGAGGAAAAUGGUUCGGCAAUCAAAGACUCGGUACUAGAAGUACUUCAAAAACACGGCGUGACAGAUUGCGAGAUAUCUCUAGAAGGAACAACGGAAAAAGGGGAUGGUUAUCUAGGCGAUAUAAUGUUUGUUCAUGUAACCGCUGUAAAGGAAAAUGGGAAGUCGAAAAACUAUGACAUGGUCCUGAAAGCGGGAAAACCAAGCAAAGAGUUGCGCAAGAAAUUUCCCGUACGUCUUGCGUUCGUAAGGGAAGUUCACAUGUACAGCAAAGUGUUCCCCAGUUUCCAGCGGUUCGUCAAAGAAAAGAAAGUCGAACCGUUCCAAUUUGUGGCCGAAUGUUUCGGUACACUGUUAUCCGAAGAUAUGGAAAUAAUAUUUUGCCAGAAUUUGAAAAAAAUCGGUUACGAGCUCCACGAUCGGUUCAUACCCUUUAACAUGAAUCAUCUGGCACUAACCCUAGAAAGUUAUGGAAAAUAUCACGCGCUAUCUUUCGUGAUGCGCGACCAACAACCUGAUAUAUUUCAGAAGUUGUCAGAGAUGGAAUGCGUAUGGUCGGCCUUUGCUGCUUCGGAGACCUUCCCUCCCAUGUUGAAGGAGGUCGAAAAACAUCUUUAUCAAAUCCUGGAAGAUAGUAACGAGAUGGAAAUGCUCAAAAAAUUCAAAGCUCGAUUCACUGGGGACUUCGAGCAAACCUGGAAAAAUUUGACAACCGCAUACGAAGAACAAAGCGUGAUCACUCACGGAGAUUGUUGGAAUAAUAAUUUCAUGUUUAAAUACGACCCAGCAGACGUUACCAAAUUGGCCCCGGAGAAAGUUGUGAUGCUGGAUUUUCAAAUUUCCAAAUUGGCCAGUCCCGUUCUUGACCUUGCGUAUCAUAUUUGUGCCGUAAUCACCCCAAACGAUUCACAUUUAGAAGAACUUUUGGGUAUUUACUACAGAUCCUUCUCGGGAUACUUGCGUCAAUUGGGAAGCAAUCCAGACAUCGUAUUUCCCUACUCAUCUCUGAUAGAACAGUGGCGUAAAUACUCAUUAAUUGGCAUUUUUUUUGCCGGUAUGGUCUUGCCUAUCAAUUUGCUGGACAAAUCCGAUGUGAUGAAUGUGGAAGAUUUUGAUGAGAAUGCAUUCAAGAAUUUAACAAAAAAGGUGCACGGGAAAUAUAAAACCCAGUUAAACGAAAGGAUCAUUGCGGCUUUCAGGUUGGUUCUGGAAGAAAAUAUAUAAGUGGUACUUGCUGAGAAAAAUGAAUAAGUAUCACGGGAAGCCAGUAAAGAGGAAUUCAUUAGCUGCUGAUUUUUAAAGUAAAACUGAAAAUAAAAAGCAGCGAACAACAAGUUAAUUAAGACAGAAGUGAAAAAGCUUAACCAUGAAUAUAACAAAAUUAUUUAUAAUUUAAUUCUCUCUAACCAAGUUGUGUUUCUCUAUAAUUGAAUUACGACUGAGAUUAUAUUUUUUUAAGAGGUAAAAGUAUAUUGAUUUUUGAAGAAACAAGUUAAACUAACAAACAAAAACAUCAAACGACUAAUUAAUUAACAGAGCAGGGAAGAAAUGUAACUACGAGCACUUUAGAGUUUCGUUAGUCUUUUGUUCAGUCGUCUAUACAAAAUUAGUGAUAAUGUAAUUCUCUCUCCUCUAAUCAAAUUGCGUUGAGUGUUUGACAGUACGAGUUUUUUUUUAAUUCAACCUAGUUCCAAUAUGUAAUUAUCGAAAAUAUUUUAUAUUUUGUGAUUUUGCAAAACAAUAUAAUAAUUUUUCUACUCUAAGAUUUGUCUUUUCUUUUUUCGUAUAAUAUCUAUGUUUUUAUAACAUUUCAAUUCAAUUCAACACAUAUACCCACAGCUGUUUGCAAAACGAAACCAACCAACCAAUAAAUAUUUACAAAAUAAAUUUUUAAAAAAACAAUAACUUAAAUAUCGACUCUGUCCAAUUUUACAAAUUGAUUGUUUCAAUAUUUUCUAUAAUUAAAUAUGACUUAUAAGUUGUUUUAUACUGCAUACCGUUUUCGCAUAUUAUUAUUAAUGUAUCGGUAUCACUCUUCAACUUAUUCUUCAGUUCUACUUGUCAUUGCGUGCCUUAUUUAAAAAGCUUUUCGAGCAUUUCAAUAAAAAUUGUCUAUGAAGUUAUUUAAUGUUAAAUGUUUAUUCGGAUAUUAACGGAGAUGAACGAAUGCAAAUAAGAUUUGCUAUAUCUAAUCUAGCUUGUUUAAUACCCAACAUACGUCCUUGAUUUGGCAAUUACAUUGCUUCGUCGAAAGUUUUAAAAAUAUUUGUACGGAUCAUUUUUUUUUCGUUCUAACUCAUAAGAUAAGAAAGGACAUAAAUUUACAAGGCAACCGUGGAGUUUAAUAUCAACAAUAUGCUGUUAAGAAACAGAAACGAGUGUUUCUGGAGAUAUCCCAAAUUUUGGAAAGUCCUUUCUGGAGAUUAAAAAAGAAGAGAAACAUGUCAAAUACUUCAUAUGCGGAGAAGGGUUUACUUUUGAGAAAUAAACACCUGUUAUGAUUAUUAACCAACAGUUAUUAUUGUUAGUUUUUCGUGAAAAUAUCUCAAAUUUAUCCAGAUAUUAUUUCAUUUUCUUUAUAGUAUUUCAACUUCUUAGAACCGUCUGAAAAAAGAAGAAAAUUUAUUACUCGGGAAAUCUCAAGCUGCAUUUUGUAUUUUUCCAGUAGUAUUAUUUAAAAAUUUUAAGUAAACAGGUUUUUACAUUAAUAUUUAUAUUUUUAAAAUAUUUUUCGUUUGUUGGUAGAGGUUUUUUUUUCAAUUUUUCCGACGAUUUUUUUUAUAUGCACAAAUAUACAUUUAGCAAUUUUCGUUAUUUCAUGAAAACACUUUAUUUAUGUUAUUCAAAUUUAUAAUAUUUCGAAAUGAUUUAAAAUUUAAAAAUGUCGGAUUAUGUUUCUGAUACCUUUAAGUAGGAAAAUUAGUUUCAAUAUGUUUAGGCACCUCCGUGUAUAUUGUUCAUACUGAACUACAGCUUUAUAAAACACGAAUUAUCAUCAUAACAAAUUACGCAUCUUAAUAUAAGAGAUCUCGUCGACGUGACUGGUUACAGUAUAA